AUGGCGAGGGAAAAGGUGACGGAAAAGGUAAAGGAGGUAAUGGAAAGGGCAAAAGAAGAGGCUCCGGAAAAAGUAAUUCCAAAUCUGGAGGCUCUGGAUCAGGAGGUUCAGAAUCAGGAGGAGGAUCGAAAAGUUCUAAUUCUGGAUCAGGAAGUUCUAAAUCAAAAGGAUCUAAACGGGAGUAGCGUUUUGUUAAGCAAAAGUGAAGCAGUAGCAAACGCAGCCUCUGCUGGUGCUGCUAAUGGUAAAGGGAAAGGAACUUCUAUUGCGACAGCUGCUGCAAAUGUGGUAGCAGAAGCAACAUCGGGCGGUAAGAAAAAAUCUUCUGAUGAUGACGAUAAAGACGACAAAAAUGAAAAAUCGGAGAAGGAUGACGAUGACAAGGAACAGUCUGAGUCGUCGGCAAAUGCCCAGGCAGACGCUACAGCGAAGUCAAAGGACAAAGGUAAAGGGAAAGAGAGCAAUGCCAGUGCAUCGGCAGAUGCGAAUGCUAGCGCUUCUACGAAAUCAGAUGAAAAGGAUCAGAAAUCGGGUGAUAAAGGAGACGACGGCAAUUCGGAUGAUGACAAAUCAAAAGAUUCAGGAACGAAAGGUGAAGAUAAAAGGAAAUCAAGUGCGACAGCAGAUGCAAGCGCAAACGCAUCAGCAGAUUCGGAAAGUGAUGGAUCUGCGAAAGAUUCGGCGAGUGCGUCAGCUAGCGCAAAUGCUGAGGCAUCGGCGAAAUCCGAAGACAAAGAUAAGUCCGAAAAGAGUUCAUCGAAGGCUUCAGCUAGUGCAAACGCUGAGGCAUCGGCGAAAUCCAAAGGCAAGGAUAAAUCCAAAGAGGGUUCAUCAAAGGCUUCAGCUAGUGCGAACGCUGAGGCAUCGGCGAAAUCUGAAGACAAGGAUAAAUCCGAAAAGGGUUCAUCGGAGGCUUCAGCUAGUGCGAGCGCUGAGGCAUCGGCGAAAUCUGAAGACAAGGAUAAAUCCAAAAAGGGUUCAUCGGAGGCUUCAGCUAGUGCGAACGCUGAGGCAUCGGCGAAAUCUGAAGACGAGGAUAAAUCUGAAAAGAGUUCAUCGGAGGCUUCAGCUAGUGCGAACGCUGACGCAUCGGCGAAAUCUGAAAGUAAAAACGCGGCCGAAAGUAAAUCCGAAGCCGCUGCCAGCGCCAUGUCUUCCGCAUCCAGCUCGAAAGAUGACGAUAAUGAGACAAAAGCAAGUGCGAAAGCAGAUGCCGCAGCAUCCGCGACAGCAGAGGCAAGAUAA